UCCCAGCCAGAUCCCCUUCACUUAGACCACAGCAGGAACCUAAGCCAUGUCUACCACGCACCGGUCAACAGCAUGAAGCCACCAACGUUUUCCCUGCUCCUCCUUUGCCCAUGGUUGCUGACUGUGAACGGGGACACUGGGGCAGGAGAGGGAACUUGGGCCAGGUUUGCCAGUCUGCCCUAUCCUGAGGACAAUCUCUUCCUGCACGACACUUUCCCCGAGGGCUUCAUCUGGUCGGUGGGGACAUCAGCCUACCAGACAGAAGGUGGCUGGCAACAGGAUGGAAAAGGUCAGUCGGUCUGGGAUACCUUCACCCGCAAGCAGCUCGGUGGCAAUGGAGAUGAGGCCAGUGACAGUUACAACAAUGUGGAGGGGGAUGUGGCUGCCAUUCAGACUUUGGGUGUCACACACUACCGAUUCUCCAUUGCCUGGUCCAGGAUCUUUCCAGAUGGUCUGGUCUCAAAUCGCAAUGAAGCUGGACUGAGCCACUACAUCCACCUGAUCCAAAGACUCCGAGACAUUGGUGUUGAGCCCAUAGUGACUCUGUAUCAUUGGGAUCUGCCCCAGGCUCUGCAGGACAUGUACGGAGGUUGGAUCAAUGAAACCUUGGUGGAUCGGUUUAGUGAAUAUGCCGAGUUCUGUUUCAAAGCUUUCGGAGACCGAGUGAAGUACUGGAUCACCAUAGACAAUCCUUACGCUCUGGCUUGGCAUGGGUACGGUACGGGGAAGCUCGCUCCUGGUAUUCAGGGAGCUCCCAAUGUACCGUACAUAGUGGCACAUAAUCUGAUUAAGGCACACUCCAGGACCUGGCAUAUCUACAAUGACCACUUCCGACAGUCUCAACAGGGCUAUGUGUCAAUUGCCUUGGCUUCCCACUGGGUUGGGCCAAAGAAUGGAGACAUUAAUCCAGAAACAGUGCAGCUUUGCCAGUGCUCCAUCAACUCCGUAUUAGGGUGGUUCGCCAAGCCAAUAUUCAUAGAUGGCGAUUAUCCAGAAUGUAUGAAAGGUAACCUCAAAUCUCUAUUGCCAGUUUUUGAUGAUGAAGAGAAAACAGAAAUAACGAAAACAGCUGACUUCUUCGCUCUCUCAUUUGGACCACUGAGUUUUCGACUUUUGGACUCAAAACUACUAUUUAACCAAUCAAAGAAAUAUCUUCUGAGACAACUUCUCUCCUGGAUUCAAGCAGAAUACAAUAAUUCAAAAAUAUUAAUUGUGGAGAAUGGCUGGGAUGACAGCAAUGGUCACGCAAAGACAGCAGAUGUGUAUAAUAUGUACCCUUUAAAGAAAUUCCUCAUGGACGUGCUAAAAGCAAUUAAAUAUGAUGGAGUUGAUGUUAUUGGAUACACUGCAUGGUCUUUGGUAGAUGGCUUUGAAUGGGAUGCUGCUUACAGUUCCCGACGAGGAUUAUUUUACAUUGACUUUCAAAGCAAGAAAAAGGAGAGAAUGCCAAAGUCAUCUGCGAUUUUUUAUCGUCAAGUGAUAGCAGACAAAGGAUUCCCACCAGUACCAGAAAACAAACCUAUUACAGGAACUUUUCCCCACAGUUUUGUAUGGGGUAUUUCAGAAGAUGUCAUACAGGAAAGUUGUCAUGUUCACUACAUGUUGCUGUUUCAUCUCAGGGAACUGAUGGUCCAAACAAAAUUUGAGGUGGAAUCAACUCCUACAACUCCCCAGUUUGUUGAUCGCAAUAUCUACCAAUGGGAUAUUAAUGGCACAGGAAAACUGGUGAAAAUUAAAGGAGUAAUUGGCCAAUCUCGCAAAGCCCAGUGUACUGACUACACCACCAUCAGGCAAGAGAUCCAAUUGUUGCAAAAUACACAUGCCACUCACUUCCAAUUCUCCCUCAACUGGUCACUACUCCUUCCGAGUGGUGACUCUACCCAGGUCAACAGAGCAAACCUUCGCUAUUACAAAUGCUAUGUCAGUGAGCUUCUACGGGCAAAUGUUACUCCAGUCAUUGUGUUGUACCAUCCCACCCUUGACGAUCAGCCACUCCCUUCAGCAUUAGGGGUCAAUGGAGGCUGGAUGAAUCCAGCAACGGUUCAGGCUUUUGUGGAAUAUGCCAGAUUUUGUUUCAGGCAGCUGGGAGACAAGGUGAAAUUCUGGAUAACUAUGAGUGAGCCAAAUGGCAUAAAGUACUUGGAGGGAUACAAAACAAAUUUCACGAUUGUAGGUCAUAAUUUAAUCAAAGCACAUGCUCUAGUCUGGCAUCUCUACAACAAAGAGUUUCGCAAAGCACAAAAUGGGCAGGUCUCUGUUUCUCUUCAUGCUGACUGGCUCGACCCUGCUGACCCUUUCUCCAGAGAUGACAUAGAGGCAGCUGCCAGGACUUUAGAGUUUGAUAUUGGCUGGUUUGCGGAACCCAUUUUUGGUAAUGGGGAUUACCCUUAUAUUAUACGAGACUGGCAGAGUCAAAGACAAAACAUUGGAUGGCGCAAUUCUUACCUGCCCCACUUCACCAAUGAAGAGAAAGAACUAAUACGAGGCUCCGUUGAUUUUGUGGCACUGAAUCACUACACAACUCACAUUGUACAUCUGGAAAGGAACACCGAAGCUCAGGAUGGUUUUGAGCUCAAAGUGCAACACUUGAAGGACACUACCUGGCUGGCAUCACCAGAUGGAAAAGCAGUUGUACCAUGGGGUUUACGUAAAUUAUUAAGAUGGAUAAAAUCAAAAUAUGGCAAUAUUCCCAUCUAUAUCACAUCAAAUGGAAUUGAUGAUGACUCACCCUCCAAGGACAAAUUACGAGUUUACUACAUUCAGAGUUACAUUAAUGAAGCUUUGAAAGCCUUAAAACUAGAUGGAGUAAAUAUCCGUGGAUAUUUUGCUUGGGCUUUGAAAGAUAUUGACGAACCAAACUACGGCCUCUACAACUCCAAUCAAGCAGCUAAACUCUCUGUUGAAUACUACAGGCGAAUUGUUGAUAAUGGUGGAUUUCCUGCAACAAAAUCACCCAGUACCAAAUGCUAUCAAGGCUUAUAUUCUUCUGCAGAAUGUAAUCCUUUCUACUUAAGGAAACAGUUAUUAAUUUUCACAUUCUGCACUUUAAGUGUUUUUACAGCAACUAUGUUUUUGGUUAUUUAUUAUUCUUCAAAAAGAUGCAGAAAAUAUAAGUAAUCAAAUUUAUACAUGGAAAUGUGGAGAAAUGAGUCAUUUGUAUGUUAAGGAGAGUGAUAUUUAAAGUAAUGCUCUGCUUAGUGAGCAGCUUGGCAUUAGCUCUGGAUUGUAACUUUGCUUUUCUUAAAAAUAUUCUCCUCUCCCAGUCUGAAACAAAUGACUCAAGGUUUUAGCCACAACAUGACUGAGCCUGUACAGUGAGCAUCUAUGAGACUCUGGACAAAUGUCACAGUUAAGGCCACUCCACAGAAUAAUUUCCCCAAACACACACCACAAUUUUGAGUUAAUGUCAGAAUGUAAACAGAUGAAACUGUAACAUAUUUGACAUCUCCCCCAAUUCUUGUUUUCAGUGAAGCCAACAAAAAUCCUAAAAUAUGUAACAGAGAUCAUUGAUUCAAUGUCAUUAUGUUAUACCAUGAUGUAGAGUUAAAAUUACCCCACUAACUGUACGUAGCUGGCUAAAAGAAUAAAACGUGGCUCUCUCAUAUUCUGCAAGGCUCAAUACUAUAUCAGGCAAUGAAUCAAUGAGCAACUGAUGACUCAUCCAAUUCAAAGUUUGAAUUAAAUCUGACAAUUAUAAAUUUAGUUUAAAACCACUUUAAGCAUGGCAGGAGCACCAUUACCAAAAGGGUGACAAAGAAAACCUUUCAUGUCUGGUUCUCCUAAUAGAGCUCCUAAUAAGGAAUGGUGGGUUUAUACUCAUGUGUCAGCAUUUUGGUCAUCCGUUCAAUUUGAUGUGUGGGAUGGAGUCAGCCUACAGUCAGGAGGCCUUCCCAAUUUCCAAAUAGCCUUUCCACUUAGUGAGGCCCAAGUUCCCCUCAUUUGUUCCAAAAAAAAAGAAAUUUUGGGAGGUUCCCUUCUGAUGGCAGAAAAGUGGUGGAGCAGAACUGAUGCUGCCACUGCCCCCCGCCCCCCCUCAAAAAAAAGCACCAUAUUGUGGAGAAUGAGUCCUGAUUAUAGUUAGAGCAGAUAACACAAUUGUUAGCAUUUGUAAAUUUGGAUAACCGUCAGGAGUAUACAGAGAAAUCACUGAUUCACGGUGAUUAGCUCCAUUUGCUAAGCAAAUAUUUAUAAAAAACCUUUCUCUCACUUUCUCCAAGUUCUCUUUGUUUUUAAUGGUGUAGAUAAUUAUUUACAGAUUUAGUAUCCAAAGCUAGAACUAGAUUCCAAACCUAAUGCCAAGGUGCUGACUAUCUUUACAAAUGCAAUGACUAUUGCAUUUUCAGGAUCCACCUCAGAUUGGAUAGGGGAAAAUAUUUUAGAGUACUUGGGCUGUUCGGCAUCGUCUUUUAUUGAAAUAAAACAUAAAGCCGACAUCUGCAAACCAACUAGUAUGUGUUCUUCAUCAUCCUUUUUCUUCUGACUUUUGCCAAGUACGUGUCUUUGAUAAGUGAUACAGACUUGGAAGUACAUAACAUGAAGAGAGGGGAUGACCCCAGAAAAAGGCAGCUCUCAAAAAUGUCUGGAAACCAGAUGAAGGUCAAAGGUUCUCAUACAGCAGGGUAUUAUUUAAAAAGUAAUAAAUGAGCUUAAAAUUUAUUUUUAGAUGUGUAUAUUUGUGUGACUGCUCAAGCAAUUGUUCAUUGUGUUGUUUGUAGAUAAAGAAUACAGAAAACUUUGCUCUGUUAAAGUUGCAUGUGACAAAAUGAC